UUUCUAGCUUUCUUCCCAACUUUGAAUUUGACAUUACCAUUUUCAGUGUUUCAAACAAAGUAGAUCACCUAUUAAUGCUCAAAAAUGGCUAUCUAGCUUGCCAGCCAACAAUUAAUAUAACCUUUUCUUAAUUUUAACAACAUAUUUAAUAUCUGAAAAACCAUUGAAUAGAGAAAGCUCAUUAUCAUGGCUUUGAUGAAGCAAAAUGGCAUGUACUGUGCACAAAACAAGUAUUUUACAGGCCUGAGCCUUAUUACACGCGGCGGCUUCUUUCAUGGCAGGGGAAAGAGAAUGUGCGUGAAGAUGAAGGCAAACAUAAACACGGAUAUGGAGAAGGUUAACGGCAAGAGAGUGAGCGGCAAAAUCCCGAUUUUGGACAAAAGGUCCAAUAUUAAUUUGUUGGGAGAAGACGAGUUGAGUCACGAAUAUUUGGUAGGCAGGUUCGUGGAGAAACGGUUCGUGUUCAGACAAUCCUUUGUUAUUAGGUCUUAUGAGAUUGGGCCUGACAAGACUGCUACAAUGGAAACUCUAAUGAAUCUUCUCCAGGAGUGGCCGGAAAUGGCUGGUAAAAACGGGAUGCGUCGAGAUUGGAUCAUUCGCGACCUAAACUCUCGAAAAAUCAUAACACGAGCAACCAGUACUUGGGUGAUGAUGAAUAGAGAAACUAGGAGGUUAAGUAAAAUCCCGGACGAGGUGAAAAAGGAGGUACACCCAUUUUACCUAAAUCGAGCAGCAAUUUCGACUGAAAAAGCCGACACUGACAAGAUUGAAAAGCUUACUGACGAUACUGCUGAGAUGAUCCAAACUGGACUGGCUCCUCGGUGGAGUGAUAUGGACGCAAACCAACAUGUCAACAACGUCAAAUAUAUCGGAUGGCUUUUGGAGAGUGUACCAAUAAAAGUCCUGGAAGAUUAUAACAUGACAAGAAUGACAUUAGAGUAUCGGCGUGAAUGCCGUCAAUCCAAUGUGCUAGAGUCUCUAACAAGCAUGAAACCAAAAACAGAACAAGGGGAAAUUAGUGAGAAUAAUGAUUUAGAAUGCACACAUUUGCUGCGAAUGGAAGCUGAUCAAGCAGAGAUCGUUCGAGCAAGAUCCGUGUGGAGGGUCAAACAACAUCACCAGAUGAUUUGAUAAUCCAACUGUUUUUAUUUUUUAUUUUUUAAUUAUUAUUAGUUACUGGUUUGCUGAUUUAUUUAUUAAUUUAUAUUUAUUAUGCUUAUAUGUACUGUAUUUUUUUUUUGGUUUAUUUGAUUGAGCCAUUUAAUUUGUGGGUUCUUGAAUGUGGUAGCUAGCUGCUCUGUAUAAACUAUAAAGAUGGGAAUGUGCCAUGUGCGGGAUGAGUGGCAUCACAUGUUUGUACAAGCUAGUUUACAUUUGUAAGUGGUAUAUAUAUAUAUACAUAUGGCUUGUCCCCG